AUGCUCAGCACCAGAUUUCAUGUUGAUACCUUCAGAACGUGGAACCCUCCUUGUAGCAAACCUCUUCCCUCGCAAAAUUCCCCAGAUCGUCCCAGAUACCCAACCCCAAGCUCCAUUGGCGAUCUGCCCAUCACUGCCCAUUUAGCCCAUCAACCUUCCCCACCCCCUUUUUUAGAGUCCCAAAAGCAUCAUCAACAUCGGCAUCCGCUUCCUGCACGUCCGCCAGUUGAGGUGUGUGUACAUGUUGGUUCCCAUUCAAAUGCUCCACAAAACACUCGAAGCCGUCCAACAGACAGGGGUAUUCCAAAAUGCAAUACACCGCAGCCGGGGAUGGCCGGUGGAUCCCUGGGCGGAUCAUGUUCCACCAGUUCCAGCAGGGACGAUGUGAAUUCGAAGUUACGAAGGCAUUGCUCCAAUCCCGGGAAACGAUGUCAAACAGAGUACCGCCCUCACGAAAGUGAUAGUUCCUCAGGCCGUAGAGGCAGGCGACAGCUCCAUAGGCAGGAAGAUCUCGCUCCCAUCUCGCCACUGGCCUCUGAAUCCAGUCCUUCUGUGUCAUUGCUGCAAAGCAACAACUUUGGCACAGAACUACGUCACUCCCCUCCGGUUACGUUUCUUGGUGCUACUCCUGGUCCUGACCCGGUUAACACUGUGGGUCUAGACGAUAUUGAAGGGUCGCAGUCGGGUCUUGAACAGAUAACUGGCGUGGUUGAAAUGUUCUCCGACGCUACUGCUAUUCUUUAUGACACAUCAAGAGUUGAAGACGCCGUGGAAUCUGUCCAUAUUCAGCAGAUCGUUUCAGAUGACCGUCAAGUCACCAGCGAGGGCAAACAGACCGCCCGCCAUUCUAGGCCAAGAAACCGAAUUGGUUACAACACCGAAAGCGAUAAUCAUGACUCUGAUAAAGACCAUGAAGAGGGCAGUGAUAAGGAAGGAUCGGAACCAGACGAGCGAUCGAGCUAUAUAAGGGGAUCGGAACAACGGCCCUCCAAGCGACGUCGAACCGAUAUUGCACCUCAUGAGGAUGAAAGAUCUGUCCUAACCCUACGUUCCCAUUUUCUGGCAUCAUCAGUCGAGGAGAGGUUAGAAUUCCUUUCUUGGCUUUUUGAGAGUACCUUACCGCGUUGUAUCUCUGAGUCUCCGAGUGCUGUCGAUGUCUCAUCGACAACCGGCAAGGUUGGAAGGGCAGAGGCGCAGUUAGCGCGUCGUCAGGCACGACCACAUAAGACCUCACGGAAUCUCAAUGCCAAAAAGUUGCCUCAGGUCAACUCUCGAAAAGGCAAACCAUGGUCACCUGAGGAAGUGAGCCUUCUGGUGAGAUUGAGAAAGGAUCAGAACCUACCGUGGUCCGAGGUUACGAAACAAUUUACAGACCGAUUUCCAGGCAGGACCCAAGGAUCAAUCCAAGUGUAUUGGAGUACGAAACUGAAGAGCAAUCACGAAGAGUCCUCGCCUCGUUAA